CUACGUCCUUUGCCUCAUACUCUCUACUCGUCCUUCGCCUGGUGCUCUUUGUCCAUUUCCUAUAAAGCCUUCCGACCUUAAUGAUCAAUCGCCCACCCUCCCUUGGUCCCCGUUCCCGCUAUUAAUCCUCCGCCUCCGUAAUCGUCGCCCCCGCACACCAGCGCCCGUUACCUCCGCCUUCAUCACCGUACGUGCCUCUUCGACGUCUUCUCCGGGGGAUCGCUGAUUCGCCGCGCGAUCUAGCUCGUCACUGUCCAGGAUGUGCAAUCUCCACACCGAAGGAUACAAGUAUGCGUGCGGGCACUACAUAAUCGAGAACAAGAAAGCCAAGGUCGACUGCGGCAGCUCAUGGUGUGUCCACUCAAGAAAGCACCGCACGCCGUGCAACAACUGUGCAUGCGAGAAAUACUACGGGCCUGAUGCAUCAGAGACUGUCCUCGGCCUGCGGCCAGGCUUCUGCCCCGAAUGCAGGCCGUGGUACAAGAACCAGAACGGUGGCCGGUAGCAUCGACCCACGCCACCGUGGCCCCGCCCGUCAUCCGCAUAUUUAUACUCUAUUACCUCAUUAUUGGCACCUUACAACUCGAAUAGUCUCCUUGUCGAUGCUGUAUCGUUGCUCCUGACUCUUCAUCGCUGUCGGCACUCUCACAUUUCUAUUAC